AUUUGAUAGGCAAUGGAAGAAAAAGAUAAUGAAAUACAAGUGUUUGUAGAAUCAGCUAGUGGGGCUACAUAUAUGAUACAAGCAAAACUUAAUGAAACAGUCGCUGAUCUUAAAGAGAAGAUAGAGAGAAAAAGUAUGGCAAGAAUAGAGUACCAAAAAUUAGCUUACUGUGGAAAAAGACUGUCAGAUGAAAAAGUCACCUUAAAAGACGCAAAUUUCUCAGAAUUAUGCACAGUUCACCUCCUCGUAGUUGUAACUGGAGGUCAUCCCUAACAUCUAACUUGUCUGGCCUUGCUCGUAGAAAUUGCCAAUUGAAAUAUCUGGAAGUUACCAAAUUCAGGAAUUUCCUUGGAAAUUCCUGAAUUCAACAAUAUCGGCAGAAAUUAGAAAUGAUGCAAUUUCAAUCUUG